AUGGGUCAAAUAUUCAGUGGGAUGUUUAGUAAGCUAUGGGGUAUCAACAAGGAAAUCCGGAUACUAAUCUUGGGGCUAGAUGGUGCUGGUAAAACUACCAUCUUGUAUCGUUUGCAAUUGGGUGAAGUCAUCAAAACAAAACCAACCAUUGGUUUCAAUGUCGAAACCCUCAGUUACAAAAACUUGAAGUUGAACGUCUGGGAUCUCGGUGGCCAAACUUCCAUCAGACCUUAUUGGAGAUGUUACUAUUCAAAUACCGCUGCGGUUAUAUUCGUGGUGGAUUCAACAGAUAAGGAUCGUGUGGAAACCGCUUCUAAAGAGUUGCACUUGAUGUUGAGAGAAGAAGAAUUACAAGAAUCAGCAUUGUUGGUGUUCGCCAACAAACAAGAUCAGCCGGGUGCCAUGACCGCUGCCGAAGUUUCAAAAAGCUUGAAUCUUACCGAAUUGAAAGAUAGAAGCUGGAGUAUUGUGGCAAGUAGUGCCAUCAAAGGUGAAGGGUUGACCGAAGGUUUGGACUGGUUAAUUGACGUUAUUAAGGAUGAACAACUUUCAUAA